UUGUGAGUGUUGCAUGCAUCUAGAUGUUAAUGUCUGUAGAUAGUACAAGGUUUAAAGUUCAAGUGAAUGCAAUUAAAAUAACCAGUAGCAACGUUAUUCUAGACAUGGAUAGUGGUAUUGUAGAGUCUCUCAAGGAUGGUGUCCGCAACAUACAAUUUAACAAUCCCAAGAGAAAGAAUGCCAUCUCUACGUCAACUUACUUAAAAGUUGCUGAAAUCCUUAAUGAAGAUGCCUCAAACGAUGAAGUGGUUGCAACAAUUUUCACUGGAACAGGUGAAUACUUUACAAGUGGCAAUGAUAUAUCCGGUGGACUUAAGAAAUUUGAUGACCUUGAUGCUGCAAUCGCUAACUCAGUGUCUGCAUAUGAAGCAAUGGCUGAAGCUCUGAUCCAAUACCCAAAACUUCUUGUAGUCCUUGUGAAUGGACCGGCAAUCGGUGUUGGUGUGACCAUGUGUGGUCUCUGCGAUUUAGUUUACGCAACUGAAAACGCUACGUUCUCGACGCCCUUCGUGAAACUGGGGCUGACAAUUGAGGCAGGUGCAAGUGUCCUUUUCCCUAAAAUCAUGGGUCGUACAAAAGCCAAUGAGAUGUUGCUCUUCGGAAAGACUUUCACAGCACAGGAAGCUUUCCAGGCCAACUUAGUUUCCAGAGUCAUUCCUCAAGGGGAUAUUGGGAGUUUCGUGGAAGAUUUGCACAAGAAAAUUGGGAAAUUGAAUAUGGUUGGAUUUGUCAACAACAAGAAUCUUAUGAAAGAUAGCAUACAGAAAGAUCUGUUGGACACAUUCUACAGAGAAGGCAACUACUUGAGGAAGGCUUUGAAGUCUGAGAAUUUUAUGAAUAACAUGUUGUUAUUUAUGAAUCGUAAAAGCAAAUUGUAAUCUGUACAAUUUCUACAAAUGUAUACUGCUAAAGUUACUGAAAUAAUAAAGUUACUAAACAAAAAAAA